CGGGACUUCAGCCUCCGCUCCUCUCAGACUAUAAAUAAUACCUCCUGCUCACCCUCUGAUUAAUACAGUCGGUCAACGCAGAAGGAGGACACGCUGGUUUCCUGGAAAAUAAACACAAAAGACCCGCAGGUUAAGUAUGGCUCGUACCAAGCAGACCGCUCGUAAAUCCACCGGUGGAAAGGCGCCUAGGAAGCAGCUGGCCACCAAAGCUGCCAGGAAAAGCGCGCCCUCCACUGGCGGAGUGAAGAAACCCCACAGAUACAGGCCUGGUACUGUUGCUCUGCGUGAGAUUCGUCGGUACCAGAAGUCCACUGAGCUGCUCAUCAGGAAGCUGCCAUUCCAGCGUCUUGUCAGGGAAAUUGCUCAGGAUUUCAAGACAGAUCUGCGUUUCCAGAGUGCAGCUAUUGGAGCUCUCCAGGAAGCCAGUGAAGCAUACUUGGUUGGACUGUUUGAGGACACCAACCUGUGCGCUAUCCAUGCAAAGAGGGUUACCAUCAUGCCCAAGGACAUUCAGCUGGCCAGGCGAAUUAGAGGAGAACGUGCAUAAAUGAUUGGAUUUUAUCUUUUUAGUGGGGGAGGGGGGCUGGCAGGGGUUUGUUUUGUAAAUCUUGAACUAUUACCAGCAUGUGUAUCACCUGAUGUCAUUUGUAGUUUCAGGCAUGGUUUUUUUUUUUUGUACUUCAUUUCACUCUUUGAUCUGUCUUCACUGUAGGAUAGCCUCAUAUCUGUAAAUGCUGAAACAAUAUUCCACUGCCUUUUCUCAGGUUUGCAAAUCUAUUUUAGAAUCUGUACCUUUUACUCCUGUGUGUGCAUGUCAUAGGAUUUCUUGUGCUGUAAAUAAACUAUCCGCUACCUCAAAAUCUUGAACC